GAAUUUGCAGAUGUGGAAAACUUGGUGGCCAAGUUGCUUCUUCUGUAUUAAUGAAGGGUUGGGUGGAGAAGAAGUGAACAUCACCAAUUCUUCAAUUAGGGUUUUCAUUCUUUCUUUUCAAUUGCUUUUGGCUAAGAUCACAUUCAUGUCUCUGCUUCUCGGCCACCCUCCCAAGCUCUGUGUUCGGAAGCCGGUGUUGGUAAGAGCAUCUCCUCUUCUCUCUAAUGGCAUUUCAUCAUCCUCGGUGCAAACCCCUCCUUGUAACAUCAUAGGCGCUAAACAAUGUGAAGAAAAUGUCGGAAAACUCAUCAUUGCCAACGCCAAUGAACGUAAAUGGACUUAUUUAGAUAAGAAGGUGCCUUUGGAUUUGGUGUAUAAUCAUCCUUAUAAUGAAAUGGUAACGAUCGGGUCAUCUCAUGGCUGGGUAGCUACUUUGAGAUACGAUGGGAUUCUGCGUCUCCAAGAUGAUCUAAACCCGGUUGCAUCGGAUUCAGAUCCAAAACGCAUCUCGCUGCCUCCUCUUGUAACUCUGCCUUAUUGCCAAACCCAAAUCAUCACCAACGUGUCCAUGUCCGCACCUUCACCGGAGGAAGAAGACUGUGUUGUGGCUGUCAAGUUCUUGGGACCUCAACUCAGCUUUUGCAGACCCGCUGCUCAAUGCAACCCGGAGUGGAUCAACAUCAGAAUCGCUAACCCUUGCUUCUUCUCCUCCCGAGUGAUGUUUUCCAAGAAAGAUGACAUGUUUUGCAUACUCGGAUCUGGAGGCGACAUCAUUGGAUCAUGGGAUCUCCGCAAACACAAGCACACACCCAAGCUUCAGAAGUUGCAAUUUCAAAAUCUUCCCGAGCUGAAGAAUACCACACGCGAGGUUUUGAGUUCGUGUUGUUGCACGAGCGAACACUUGGUGGAGUCAAGAUGCACCGGUGAAACGUUCUUGGUUAAGCAGUACAAGAAGACCGCCGAGAUCGUCUUCGGUAUUGCCAAAAUGAAAACAGAAGCUGUAAUGGUGUUCAAGCUAGACGAAGAAGGAAAUGCGGUUUACACUCAAGACAUAGGAGAUCUCUCCAUUUUCCUCUCAAAGUCUGAACCUUUUUGUGUCCCUAGUAGCUCCUUUCCGGGCAUGGACCGUAACAAAGUCUAUAUUUUUGACGUCAACGAAGUUGGAAUUUUCAAUCUGUCUAAAGACCGCUAUUUUGGUGGAAUUUUUACACCCGCUUUCGGGGCCCCUUACUAUAUUCCACCACAAAAAAUAGACUAGUAAGUUUUGAAUUGAGUUUCAGUCUAGAGUCUGUCUUUUCUCUAGGAUCUUUCAAAGGUUCAAAUUAAUCUGUUUUUUUAUAUAUGCUUUGUGAGUGAUAUGCAUUAGCUAUCAAUAUGAUGUAUGCCUACCCCAAGUAAAAUGGUUUGCUUAUUAAUGAAAUGGUAGAAAACUCGUUUGUUA